CCCCAACUCGCUUUUCCGCCAGCCCGACCAUCGCCAUGGCUUCGCAAUACGUCAAGGCGCAGGGCGUCACUGGGCCUCUGUCGACUGCUAUGCCAACGGCCCAGGAACUCGCAGCCAAUGACGAUCUUGUUACAGAGUUGAAGAGACAGAACAACUACGAAAAUCCAGAAGAGACUGCGAAGAGAUCGGCCGUUCUCAAGUCCCUUCAGUCGAUCACCGAGGAGUUUGUGAGGCAAGUCACCAGAGCCCAGGGCAAGCCGGAGGCGAUCGCAAAAGCCGCGGGAGGAAAGAUCGAGACUUUUGGAAGCUUUAAGCUUGGUGUCAUAGGUCCUGGAUCUGAUAUCGAUACUCUCGUCGUCGUUCCUAAACAUAUCACCAAAGAGGAAUUCUUCCAGAAGUUCCCAGAGGUACUGGUCAAGAUGGCGCCUGAAGGUGCUAUCACGGAACUAGUCCUCAAACCAGAUGCUUAUGUACCCAUCAUGACAUUCAAGUACUCUGGAAUUGACUUGGAUUGCUUAUUUGGCCGGAUCGCAGGACUCGGUCAGAUUCCAAGAGACCUAAAGAUUGUCGACUCGGACUUGCUGCGUGGACUGGAUCCUAUAGAAACUCGCUCACUCAAUGGUGUGCGUGUGGCAGAUGAGAUGUUAAGUUUAGUUCCCCAGCCAAACGUCUUUAGAACAGCCCUGCGGACAAUUAAGCUCUGGAGCGCCCGGCGUGCAAUUGCUGGUAAUGUUUAUGGCUUCCCGGGAGGUGUGGCGUGGGCAAUCCUGGUUGCGCGCGUCUGCCAGCUUUAUCCUAAGGCCACAGGUUCAACAAUCAUUAUGAAGUUCUUCAAGAUCGUAGACAAGUGGCCAUGGCCUCAACCAGUCUUGUUGAAGCAGAUUGAAACCGGCAAGCUGAACCUCCAGGUCUGGAAUCCAAAGAACAGCGGUACUGACAGAAGACACAUCAUGCCCAUUAUCACUCCAGCCUAUCCCUCAAUGUGCACUACACACAACGUUACUCGAUCUACAAUGGCGGUCCUGCAGAAUGAGUUGAAGCGCGGUGGUGAUAUUGCUGAUCGGGUGAUGGCCGGCAAGGCGAAGUGGAAGGACCUUUUCGAGAAACAUACAUUUUUUACCAAUAGCUAUAAGUACUACCUAUGCAUUAUUACUGCUAGUACCACGAAGGACAUGCAGACGACAUGGUCGGGUUGGGUGGAAUCGAAGGUCAGAUUGAUAGUCGGCAGGCUUACAGAGCAGACUUCGGUUGCGAUAGCCCACCCAUUCAACAAGGGUUUCAACAGAGCCCACAGGUGCCGAACCGAGGAGCAAGUCGAUGCAGUCAAAGGUGGAAGUCUGGAAUACUAUGCCAAAGACAUGGGGACUGCAACAACUGGCCAUGGUCUAGCUGCAGGUGGUAUGGUGAAGGAUGGCACUAGCAACGGAGAAGAGGAGAAUGAGGACGACAAGAUCACAAUGGUAUACACGACAACUCACUACAUCGGACUGGAGCUUCACGAAGGUGCUAAAUCUCUCGAUCUUUCCUGGCAAGUUGACGACUUCAAGAAUACAUGCGCCAGCUGGGACUUGUAUGACAGCAAUGUUAGUGCAUUGCAUGUUGCUCAUACGAAGAAUUACGAUCUCCCCGAAGAUUUGUUCGAGGACGGCGAAGUGAAGCCUACGAAACCACAGAAGAAGAAGCAGUCGAACAAACGUACUUCAGCCGACGUAUGUAGCUUCUCCCAUGCCUAGUUGGAACUGACCACAGCUGGGCGUUAUAUUUUCCAAAGACCUGCACUGGUUGUGGGUUUGGCACAGGGCAGAACUAACUUCUACUAGGAUUCGGCGCAGCCAGCAUCAAAGAGACAGCAAACUUCGGUAGUUGCAGCAGGAUAAAUCUGUGCGAAUUCACCCCACCUUCUUUACCUCCUCCCUCUCGUUGACCAGAUGUCUAACGGCAGGCUUUGGACUUCCCUUCGCCAUUACAACUCGAUUGCCACACUCGCAUUCCAAAAAAACAUUCUGGACUACUAACAAAAGCAGUUCCGGCAGGCAUUGGAGCUGAGAAUUGCUCUAGUAAGACCUUCGUCCCCUUCACACCCUGUUUUGUUUCUAGGGGAAUCUUGUGACCAAAAACUUUGAUACACAUACAGGCGUGAGAUGAUUCUCAACCUGGCGCAUCCAUGAUAGGCGUUCAUAGACAGCGAGGACUUCGGAAUGACAUACAUCGUCACAAAGCGACAGGCGAAGAGGCGUUGGCUAUGGAUGGCUUAGAAGCCCGUGUAAUCUAGUUACCAAUAAAUGAUUUUUUGAGACUACGGUCUCUUGCCAAAAGACAAGAAAAGCCUCCCUUGAAACCAUGAAGAACAAUGAAGAUCUUGGGUGUUCUAUCCUU